CGAGCAGUGGACUUCAUGGAGGCCAUCGAAAGAUCUGAUCAGGAAUCGGAACGCAAACAAGAUAAAAUUGUGGCACUAACGAUGACUAUCGUCAUGCCAUCAUGUACUUCCGCCGGAGGACAUAUAAAGCUGCACGCAGAGCAGCGUUUGUCCAGUUGCAAAAUGCGACCACUAUGCGGUGUACCGCUGCUGCUGUUGUUGUUCUUGACUUGCCAACUUGCCACGCCGACACCGAUCUUCAAUAGAGAUGGUGCGGGUCCUCCCAGUAGACAUCGAUCGGUUGGCUUCGGAGAGUCGGUACGAGAAUGGUUCAGGAUGAUGAAGGACCGAUUUAUGGGGAAAUGGCAGGAGUGGUUUGGCGACGAGGAGAUGUCGACUCCGAGUUUCACACCACAGGAUAUCCUGGAUAUCGAUAAGGCUUUGGAGAAACGCAUAGAGGGUUAUCCAACCUUCUUCACGGAUUUGUGGGAGAAAUUCUGCUCGGAAUGCGAUACGGAUGAGUGGGACUUCAAAUCUUGGAUGCCGACGUUACCCUCGUUUCCGAACUUUGAUUGGACCAACAUAUUCGGAUUCGGAAAUCCAGAACUUCCAACGACUGUCACGCCGAGAACCGAAUUCACCACAGUCCGAAGGGCGACAACUCUUCGACCCUUCGACGAAGCAAGUACGACGGCUACUACCCAGACUGAACAAUCAUCAGUCCUAACUACUACCACCGCCGGCACAACCGUACCCAUCGCGGAGUCCACGGCAACUCCAGUCCAAUCGACUCCACUUGUCACCCAAGUAGCCACGACAGCUUUCACGGAGCCAACAGUAACGUCAACCGAAGAAAUUCCUACUUCCAACGAAUCCACCGUAAUAAAUGACGAAUCGAGUGCCUCAACCACGGAAUCGAUUAUAACACCCACUGAGCCAACAAUAACGUCAACCGAAGAAAUUGUAACUUCCAACGAAUCCACAGUAAUAAAUGGCGAAUCGAGUGCCUCAACCACGGAAUCGAUUGUAACACCCACCGAGCCAAUCUUGAUGUCCGCUGAACCAACUACCACACCGUCUACCGAAUCGAUCGCCAUCAACGACGAAUCAGGGUCGAGUGCAACGUUCUCGACCGAGCCGAUUUUGACUCCUACCGAGUCUACUAUAAUCGCCAGCGAAUCGACCAUGAUAGUAAUGUCUGAAGAAGUAACUACAACCGAAUCACCUACAACGCCAUUUGACUUAGCUCAACCUGUAUAUAGUAAACGAAUAGAGGACAACGAGACCAUCGAGAAAUCUACGAAAAGACCGAAAAAUCGUCCAUCUUCCGUCGAGGUUAUAAUGUGAUUGAGAUUGGAUCGUAGGAUAGAUAAAUGAGCGAAUUAACUCUAAAAUAAGUCAAUGAUAGAUGCACCAUGCAGUUCAGUAGAAACAAAAAUUUCGUCAAAACGCUAUAAAGAUAUUGGAAGAGUAAGUGAUCAAGCGAAAAAAAUCAAAUUGUGUAAGCUUACUGUAUUUAUCAUAAACAUAUGUUUUGUAAUUAAAUUAACAUUUGUUUUGAUGCUUCCAAGAGAUAUCGAAUGAUUAAAUGUAACAAAUGGAGGUUUA